GCGGCGGUCGCCAUGGCGACGGCGCGCUUCCCUCUCGCCGUUCGUCCCGCCCGCGCGCUCGCUCUUUUAAUGCCUCAGGCGCUCGCUCGCGCGCUCCCGUUCGCUCUCUCCCUCGCCGGCGGCGGGAGCAGGAGAAGCCUCCCCGGGGGAGGGUCAGUGCCUCCGCGUGUGCCCGCCUGCCUUUCUUUCUUUCUUUCUUUCUUUCUUUCUUUCUUUCUUUCUUUCUUUCUUUCUUUCUUUUUCUAUCUGCCCCUCUUGAGGGAGCCCCCCAAGAGGCAUAGGGGGGCUCUCUCUCUCUGGGGCAACAGCUGCAGCUUUCUCUUGGGUCCUCCAGCUGCUCAGAGAUGCGGGUGGGACUGGGCUAAAAUAUUUGUUGUUUAGUCGUGUCCGACUCUUCGUGACCCCCUGGACCAGAGCACGCCGGGCACUCCUGUCUUCCACUGCCUCCCACAGUUUGGUCAAACUCAUGCUGGUAGCUUCGAGAACACUGUCCCACCAUCUCGGCCUCCAUCGUCCCCUUCUCCUUGUGCCCUCCAUCUUUCCCAACAUCAGGGUCUUUUCCAGGGAGUCUUCUCUUCUCAUGGGGUGGCCAAAGUCUUGGAGCCUCAGCUUCAGGAUCUGUCCUUCCAGUGACAGUCUGCCACUUGGGUUUUCCCUGAGCAUGUUGAUCUCUUUCUUCAGCAGCCCUCAAUAACUGUCUUCCACCACCCAGCAGCACCUGGGUUUUAUGGUCAGAGGGCUGCUGUGCUUGUGCUGCUGUGCUUGUCCACAGAAGUUCAGUUUAGAUUCAUGACUAAUUCUUACUUACUUAUUUACUAACCUGUGCUGCACAUUCCUUCCUUUGCAAUAUUUAGAUAGAAGUAAACUCCACAGAGGGGACCCGGGUGGCGCUGUGGGUUAAACCACUCAGCCUAGAGCUUGCUGAUCAGAAGGUUGGUGGUUCGAAUCCCCACGACGGGGUGAGCUCCCGUUGCUCAGUCCCUGCUCCUGACAACCUAGCAGUUCAAAAGCACGUCAAAGUGCAAGUAGAUAAAUAGGUACCGCUCCAGCGGGAAGGUAAAUGGCGUUUCCGUGCGCUGGUCUGGUUUGCCAGAAGCGGCUUCGUCAUGCUGGCCACAUGACCCAGAAGCUGUACGCCGGCUCCCUCGGCCAAUAAAGCGAGAUGAGCGCUGCAACUCCAGAGUUGUCUGCGACUGGACCUAACGGUCAGGGGUCCCUUUACCUUUUUAAACUCCACAGUUUACUUAGAGAAUUGCAGUCUUGUAUAUCGCCUUUCUGGCGGUGCAUGCAAGGCUUAAGAAUAACAAUAUUGCUGUCAGUGAUAAUGAAUUAUAAGGAGGAGAAAAUUGGAAAAGGUGGGGAGGGGGGCUAAGCCAGUUCCACACUCUUCCCUUCAGGUGGACUUUGGGGCAGGGGAGUGGAGCUUGAUGGCAAAGAUGCCACCCCACAGACAUAGCCCCUCUGUUGACCAGCAUCAUCUGCUCCCUGGCAGUUGAUGGCAGAGCGUCCGGAGGGAGGGGGGAAAUGAUGUGGCAGCAGGAGUGGGAAACCUGAUUUUUAAAAACCGUAUUAAAUUAAAGCAAUUGGGUUUGAUUUGUAUCAAUUUGGAAAACUAAUAAAAAUAAUUUGUAAAAUAAAAUAGAGCUUAGGAUGGGUGGGGGUUGGCAGGCAACGGAUAAUAAAGACCCCAAGUCGCAGAAGCAGCCCUCCCCAGUGAAUUGCAGGUUGUCCUGGCCCCUGGCCCUUGAGAGAUGGGCGAUUCGUGCAGUACAGUGAGGUUCCUGUUGUCUGUUCUUCCUUGAGGAACAAGAGAUUGCUGGGGGCGCUUCCAGAAUGUUGCUAUUUUCAAGUGAGAUUCAGUAAAAAAAAACCCCAGCAAAUUCAGGUUGCACAAUUACAGUUGACCGGGAGGUCUUGUACAUUAAAUGUGCUUCUCCCAAAGAUCAGACUUCUUGCAAUAAGGAAAAGUGGCGAGGGAAUGCACUGGAAUGUCCUUUGAUGCAAUGUCACCCUCCCUGCAAAGACAUUAGAAUUAAUGCUCAUUUAACAGCCAAUGCCAGACACUUCAAGAAAGUUGCUGUUUGCAAGUAGGAUUCGAGUACAUCCCAGAGAAUUCAGGUUGCCAAAUUAUCACAGAUUGGGAUGGCGUCUGGAAGCACCUGCCAUCUAAUCUCCCUGCAAAGAAAUCAGGGUGAAUGCUCAGCGAAGAGGCCAUCUGGAAGCAAUUGUAGUUGGGGAGAUACACGUUCACAUCUCUAUUUCCCUACUUCCAGGUUACUCAGGAUUCUUUGUAAGGAAGCAGAAAAGCUAAACCUUUUUGCCUAAGGCAGCGUUGAAGCGCUGUGGUUCUCCAGAUGCUGUUGAUGAGAGCGCAGCAACAUCUGGAAAGCCACUGAAUCCUAGUCCCUGUGGUUAGAUGGUUUAGCAGCCUUUUAGCAUCUCUGGUUUCCAAAAGCCUGUUGCUUCUUAGAAUAGCUCCAGAAGUAGUUCCACACAAGGGAAUGAAGACUUACGCACACACCAGCCAGCUUCAUUUUAUUCAAAAUUAAACCCAGAGUUCUAUAUUUCUUGGCUCAGUCGCUGAGACAUACUGGUGGCGGGUGGGAAGCAGGAAGGCCUGUCUCUGAUCUGAAGCCUUCACAAAAAGAAGGGUGGGGGAGUUUGGUCAACUGUUCCUUCCCGCCACUCCAUCUUUCCGGUGGGAGCUGGGCAUGGAAACUGAGGGAGCAGUCUUGCUGCUUUCAAGUUGUGGCAGGAGAAUGUCUGUAGCUCUGUUCAGAGUGUCUUCCUUGCAUGCAAAGCUUAGAAGGCAUCAAGUUCCUCACCAGUCUAGGCAACAUGGAGGCCUCCAGAUGAUCUCCUUUCAUCCUUAAGCCAGCAUGACCAGUGGUUAGAGAUUAUGUGAGUUGUCGUUCACCAACACCUGGCAGGAACUGCUUCUACUAGGGAGGCUCUGGGAAGAACUACACUCCCAUACUGCCUCUGACACUGGAAUUUCACCUUCUAUGUGUCAAACGAUAUGGGAUUGGGGGGGCAACUCCCAUCUCUUGCGGGGGUGCAAUUAGUGCCAGCACCGUCCGUUAAGAGUUUGGGUGUAAUCUUUGACACCUCCCUUUCCAUGGAGGCGCAGAUUGCAGCUAUAACAAAGGCGGCAUUUUUCCAUCUCCGCCAAGCUAAGCAGUUGGCUCCUUACCUCUCUCGCCCUGACCUAGCCACUGUGAUCCACGCGACGGUCACCUCCAGACUGGAUUAUUGUAACUCGCUCUACGUGGGGCUGCCCUUGAGACUGACCCAGAAACUCCAGCGGGUGCAGAAUGCUGCAGCGAGACUCCUUACGGGGUCCUUGCUGCGAGAUCACAUUCACCCGGUGCUAUACCAGCUGCACUGGCUUCUGGUGGGGUACAGGAUCAGGUUUAAGGUGCUGGUUUUGACCUUUAAAGCCCUAUACGGCCUAGGACCCUCGUACCUACGGGACCGCCUCUCCUGGUAUGUCCCGCAGAGAAACUUAUGGUCUUCAAAUAAAAACAUCUUGAAGGUCCCAGGCCACAGAGAGGUUAGGCUGGCCUCAACUAGAGCCAGGGCUUUUUCGGCUGUGGCUCCGGUCUGGUGGAACACUGUCACAAGAGACUAGGGCCCUGCAGGACUUGACAUCUUUCCGCAGGGCCUGCAAGACAGAGCUGUUACACCAGACCUUUGGCCAGGGCACAGCCUGACUCCCUCCUUCAGCAAUCUUCGCGGAGCUCUGGCCCAAUGGUUGCCAUUGGUUUGAUUUGAAUUAAUUUUAUAAUGAAUGAUUUUAGAGUGUUGUGUUGUGUUGUACAGUUGUACUGUUUUAUUGUUGUUAGCCGCCCUGAGCCCGGCUUCAGCUGGGGAGGGCGGGAUAUAAAUAAAAUUUGUUAUUAUUAUUAUUAUUAAACACUGGAAUUGUUUAAUCUGAGCUCCUGCUCCUGAUCCAGAGAUAACAGUAAUCAGCCUAUCAUUUGCACUGGUUUAAUCUUUUUUUUUAAACCUUGAGAUUCAAGGGCUGAUGUGAAUUGAACCUUGAAGAAAUUCAUUUUUUCCCUGUUUUUCCUUUCCAUUCCUCUGCCCCCCCCAGUGCACAUCACCAUGUGCGCCUGUCCAAAGAGAGUUAGCGCAUUUGCACGAGUCAAGCCGACAGGUGACUUUCCACAAGACAUGAUCAAGUUCGGGGAAGACAAUAAGGUCAGUGAACACAGCUCAGCAGAAACAAAACCGUUCUGGUCUACCUCUGUGCAUGUCUUUUACCGGUCCUGUUUCUGUUUUAAAGCUUCGAGGCUGCUUUGAAUUAAUUUUUAAGGAAAAGCAGAAUAUGGUUGUGGGGGCCGACGACAAUUCACGCCGUGUUCUUACGUUCUUCAAGAUUACAAAUUUCCACACUCCGUUUUCUUUGUACUUUCCAGACGAUGGAAAUAUACAUUGAGAGAGACCGCACGAAAGGAGUGGUCAACAACAAGCAGACAGACUGGUCCUUUAAAUUAGAUGGUGUUCUUCACGAUGCCCCCCAGGAUGCGGUUUAUGAUGCAGUAGCCAGAGACUUGGUCUCUCAGGCCCUAAAUGGAUAUAAUGGUAAAUGUUCUUGUCAUUGCCUGUGCAGUCUUCAGUUUCCAUUGGGAAUGGGAGCAGCGUUGCAUGUGUGUUACCUCAGCAGUCCUUCUCUGGCAGCCUUGUCUGAAUGUUCCUUGAGGCCCUGUAUCCUAUUCUGAUGGUCCAAUCUGUUAGGCAUGCAAUACCAGACGCGGGUGGCGCUGUGGGUUAAACCACAGAGCCUAGGGCUUGCCGAUCAGAAGGUCGGCGGUUCGAAUCCCCGCGAGGGGGUGAGCUCCUGUUGUUUGGUCCCAGCUCCUGCCAACCUAGCAGUUCAAAAGCACGUCAAAGUGCAAGUAGAUAAAUAGGUACCGCUCCGGCGGGAAGGUAAACGGUGUUUCCGUGCGCUGCUCUGGUUCGCCAGAAGCCCCUUAGUCAUGCUGACUAUGUCAAGAUCAUGCUGAGCCAGGAGAAAUAAAUUCCUGCGCUCAGCAAGCCGCACUUUCUCUCUCUUAGUUUUCCUUGCACGUUGCUUGUAACAAAGUUUUUUUCACCUCAGUAAAGUUUUUCCUUUACUGUGAAUCUUUUGACUCUGCGUGAUCUUUUGAUUCUUCUUUAUUUAUUGCAAGACACCACUGUCUGUCACAUAUUGAGAGAGGCUAUCCUUGAGGUAUUGCGGUCCUGAGCCAUUUAAGGCUUUAUAGGUCAAAACUAGCACUUUUAAUUGGGUUUGGGUCUGGAUACUAACUGGCAGUCAGUGUAGUCAAUCCAGGAUCGGUGUAAUAUUCUCAAACCAUCCUGCCAUGGUGAGCUAGAUGGGCCAUUAGCCUGAUCCAGAAGACUCUUCUUAUGAGUUCAUGGUGUCUCAUUUGAACAUAGCUGUCAACCGUCCCUUAUUUGGCAGGAAAUUCCCUUAUCCCAGCGCUGUGUCCCGCUGCUGUCCCUUAUUGAUGAUGUCCCUUAAAUUUCCCGUGUUUCAAAGGAAGCAGCUCCUCUCCCUCCCUCCCUCCCUGCCGGCCAGGGAGGAGGGAGGCUCCAACUGUGUUGCUUGGCUGUGUUGCUCACCCAAUAAGGAGUCUAAGAACAACUGGUGGGGUGGAGCUUGCAUGCCUUGUGCCAAUCAAAUCAGCCGCGUUGCCUGGGGACUCGCCUUUGCUCAGCGCUUCCCAGUGGAGAGGUGACGGUGGUUUUCCUUGCUGCAUCCCAUUUGCCGGGUUGCUGCGCUGUGGGAACCACCGCUUGAGGCUUUGUUUGGCUGCUGGCUGGGCUUUCUGCCUUUGGCACGGAGGGGCUCAGAAGCUGAACAUACCUGUGCCCCUUGGAAAAUCCCUUAUUUUGGCUACUGAUCCCGUAUUUUCGAGGCUGCUGGUCCCUUAUUUUUAAAUCUGUAAGUUGACAGCUAUGCAUUUGAAACUUGCAGGUACUAUAUUAUGCUAUGGGCAAACUGGAGCUGGCAAGACUUUCACUAUGACGGGAACAACAGGAAACUACAAGCAUCGAGGGAUCAUACCCCGAGCUAUCCAACAGGUAACCCUUUCCACGAUGCAGUGAUGCCGAUGAAGGAGGAAGCUAAAACAGUUGUCCAUGUGGGCACAUGGGAAUUCCUGCCAACCUGUGACGGUUAAGGCUGCUGUCGCUGACAGAACAGAAAGUGGGGGGGGGGAGCCCUGGGGCACCCCCUACCUCCUAGACAAGGAGCAGUGAAGGGGCACGGGAGGGCCUGAUUCUGCACCUAUUUGGCCCCCAUCCAGGUGACACUUCAAUCCUUGGCAUAUCCUGUUAAACUUUAAGAGACUUUCUCCAUCUGGCUAUCUGAGGUCCUUUAAUGGGAGCUCUCAAAAAAUGACCAAAUAUGCUGAAUUAGACCAUUUAUCAGAAAGAAUAAAAAAUAAAUCAAAGGAAGUAUUUACCACAAAAUGGGAAGUCCUUAAAAUUUGUUUGAAAAAUAGCAAUGGCAGUUUGAAGUCUGUAGCAGCAUUUGAAUAACUUCAGUAAUAAUAAUAAUAAUAAUAAUAAUAAUAAUAAUAAUAAUAAUUUAUUAUUUAUACCCCACCCAUCUGGCUGGGUUUUUUUGCGACUUUAUCUGCAAAAAUCUUUGCAAAAUCAUUGCAGGAGAUCAUGUGGCCCAUACUGGGCCCUGAUGUAGCAGGUGGUUCCGCUAAAUUGUGAACCACCUGAAAAAGUCUCCUGCUGCUGUUUUCUGCAGAUGCAAUAGAGGCGGUGAAGAAAGUCUUCUUCGCCGUCGCUACCGCCACUUGGUAGGCUCGACAUUGAGCUCUAACCCGUGUCCGGUCAGCUUCAGUAGGAGUUUUAAAUCUGAUGGAAAACCUAGGAUAGAAUAAAUAACAUUAAAGCCAAAAUAUGCUAUAAUAUGGUAGUGAAUAAUGGAUGAGAAAUAGAAGAAGUGAGGAGUAGACGGGAAGUCAGCUAUAUAGGGAAAAGUCAUUUUUAUGUUAAAUGUAUUGUGAGUAAUAUUUAAUGUUUUGUUGUUGUUGUUUAUUUUUCUUUUCUUCUUUUUUAGUUGUUAGGAGGUGAUGGAUAUUUGUGUAUCUUCAUAUUUUCCUUUUGUAUGUGGUAUAUUAAAAUUAAAUGAAAACUUUUUUAAAAAGGAGCUCUCGGCUAGUUGGGUUGCAAAGAGCCUCUUUUGCAGUUCCUGCUUAUUUCUUGCUCAGGAUGAGCUUCCCACUUGAAUGGGAGAACUUCCGACUGGGCUGUGCUCUUAAUUUACCACCCCUGGGUAGUACUCAACGCUUGUCCUGCUCAGAGCAGACCCAAAUGAAAUUAACAGACACUAGUACGAGUAGGUGUAUUAAUUUCAGUGGGUCCACUCUGAGCCGGAUUUAGAGGUCUCCAACCCCCUCUCUUCCCAUCUUGGAAAAAAGCACAGAUAACCUGAUUGACAGCAACUUUGCUGAGAUCCGUCCAUCCUUCUCUACAGGUAUUCAAGUCGAUGGAGGAACACGGGAGUCAGUUCAUCACCGUUCGAAUUUCGUACCUGGAAAUCCACAAUGAGAUCAUCUUUGACCUUUUAGCCACGACACCCAGUGACAUUCCUCUGUCUAUAGGAGAGGGACCCCAAGGCGUCUAUGUGAAAGGCUUGACGGUGCACGCAGCCCCCCACGAAGAAAUUGCUUUAAAUCUCUUGUUCGAGGUAAGAAGAGUCAGCGUGGCCUUCCGUUUUCUCUCCUCCAUGUUACUUCUGUGCUGUGUUACAUUUCUGUUCUUAAGUGUUUUAUAGUCAUUGAAUCAGCCACUUACAGGCCGUGCAACCUGAAUUUGCCUGUAUGUGAUUGAACCCCACCCAUAUGACACCGGUCCUGAAAGACCUACAUUGGCUCCCAGUACGUUUCUGAGCACAAUUCAAAGUGUUGGUGCUGACCUUGAAAGCCCUAAAUCAGAGGUCAGCCAACUUUUUCAGCAGGGGGCUGGUCCACUCUUCCCUCAGACCUUGUGGGGGACUAGACUAUAUUUUGGAGGGGGAAAUGAACGAAUUCCUAUGCCCCACAAAUAACCCAGAGAUGCAUUUUAAAUAAAAGCACACAUUCUAAUCAUGUAAAAGCACGCUGAUUCCCGGACCGCCAGUGGGCCAGAUUUAGAAGGCGAUUGGGCCAGAUCCGGCCCCCAGGCCUUAGUUUGCCUACCCAUGCAAAUGGCCUCGGUCCAUUAUACCUGAAGGAGUGUCUCCACCCCCAUCAUUCAGCCUAGACACUGAGGUCCAGCUCCGAGGGCCUUUUGGCGGUUCCCUCCCUGUGAGAAGUGAAGCUACAGGAAACCAGGCAGAGGGCCUUCUCGAUAGUGGCACCCACCCUGUGGAACGCCCUCCCACCAGAUGUCAAGGAGAUAAAACAACCACCAGACUUUUAGAAGACACCUGAAGGCAGCCCUGUUUAAGGAAGUUUUUAAUGUUUGAUGUUUUUGCAUGUUUUUAAUAUUCUGUUGGGAGCCGCCCAGAGUGGCUGGGUAAACCCAGCCAGAUAAGCGAGGUAUAAAUAAUUUUAUUAUUAUUAUUAUUAUUAUUAAAACAGCAACUGCCUGGAAGUGCCCAAACUGAAAUAGUCGGUUGGGAAGUAUUCUACGCCAACCCAUCUUUCCCUAAAGAUUGGACUUUUUUGCAGUAAAGAAUGGGAUAAUAUAGGGUAGAAUCUCCUUUGACCCAGUGUCAUCUUGUCUCCCUGCAAACCACUGAGGAUGACUGCUUAGAAGACAGGCAGUCUGAAGGCACCCUUUGUGUUUAUUCCUCACUGCGAGCUGUCCUGAGAAUGUAGCUGUGGAGAGGCCUAUCAGUGUAGCAGAGAAACGAACUCCUUUUGUUCUGUCCUUGGUUUAUUCCUCCGCUUUUCACUUUCUUCUCCAGGGGGACACCAAUAGAUCUGUUGGUCAACACGCUCUGAACAGGAACUCCUCCCGGUCUCACUGCAUCUUCACAAUUUACAUCGAGGUCAGAGCUGGCAUCGUUUUCUCUUUUUUUUAUAAUAAUUUUUAAUAAGUUUUCCAUUUUAACAAUCCAAUCAUAUCACAUUAAUUAUUCCAAAUUAUACCAAUACAUAUCAUAAAGUCCAAAUAUUUUGCCAAAUUAUAAAUUUUUGUUGGGGGUUCCCAUGCUUCGAGUUCAGUAGGGUCCGAUCAUCUAAUAUUUCUGCUGCUUUUAGUAUUCACCAGUCCCAUCUUUCGAUCUUCUUGUUGUUAUCCUUUUUCUUCUUAAUAGCCUCUGAGUUGUUUCCACAGGCGAGUUAAAGUAAGCAAUAUUAUGCUUCUGUGUGAACUUUGUAUGGCUCUCCCUUUUUUUUUAAGCUGGUAAGUCUUUUGUUUGCAAUAAAUCCUCACACGCUGUUAUUUAUGCCGAACCCUUCCAAAAGUCCUCCUCGGGUGGCAGACGCCAUCUUUCUCAGUUCCGAUGAAAUAGAAUCUAGGCGUUUGCUCAUUAAUUUCCCCAGACAAGUUGCACCAUAAAUUAGCCUUUUCAGGGAAGAUUUGCCAAGUCGAUCUUAGAAUGCAAACAUGAUAACAAAGUAAUGGAUCGCCUCCCCCUAUGGCUAUUAAUCUCUGCAACAUAGCCUGUCUCAUAAUGGCAGAUCCCGAUUAAAAACGGCGUCACUGGAGAGCCUUUUAUUUAGGGCUGGCGGCGUUUUCAUGGGGUGGUCGGGAAAAUCCAGAGGUCUGUGGAUCCUCUGGUGCGGUUCAACAGUCCUCUUGCGUUCAAGGUGCGCUAAUGUCCCUGAUCUCCCACCUCAGUGUCAUUCCAGAAUUCUUUCUGAUGCCCGUUACGUGACCUCCAAAAUUAACCUGGUGGAUCUAGCAGGCUCAGAGAGGCUGGCAAAGACCAAAGUAAGUCCUUCGGGAGAACUUGUUUUUGCCUGAAGCUGGUGAGUUAGCUAACUUCGUUUUAAGUGAUCAAGAAGCUAGCUUUCCUUUUACACUAACGGAAAAAAGAAAUCCCCGUGACAAUGUGUGCCUUAAGUGUCUGUGUGAUUGUGUCGAGGGGAUGCUCAUUUCGUUUUCACUUUGCGGUUCGUACCGAACUGGGAGGGGUAGCUAAUGCCGCAGAAGACAGAAUCAGAAUUCAAAAUGGCCUUAACAGAUUGGAGAACUGGGCCCAAACUAACAGAAUGAAUUUCAAUAGGGAGAAAUGUAAGGUUCUGCACUUAGGCAGGAAGAACCAGACGCACAAAUAUAAGACGGGGGACUCCUGGCUUACUAGCAGUACAUGUGAAAAGAAUCUUGGGAUCUUGGUGGACCACAAGCUUAACAGUGUGAUGCAGCAGCAAAAAAGGCUAAUGUUAUUCUAGGCUGCAUCAACAGAAGCAUAGUAUCUAGAUCAAGAGAAGUAAUGGUACCAUUCUAUUCCACCUUGGUCAGACCACACAUGGAAUACUGUGUCCACUUCUGGGCACCACAAUUUAAGAAGGAUGUUGACAAGCUGGAACGUGUGCAGAGGAGGGCAACCAAGAUAAUCAAGGGUCUGGAAACCAAGCCUUAUGAGGAAUGGUUGAAGGAGCUGGGUAUGUUUAGCCUGGAAAAGAGGAGGCUGAGAGGAGAUAUGGCAGUCGUCUUCAAAUAUCUCAAGGAAAUGUGCUUUUAAUGUGUGGUGUGUACACAGCCCAACUUAGUGUGUUGCUCUCUUGCAUUUUAAUUCUGUUUUAAAUUUGCUGCUGUUGUUUAGUAAUCAUGUGGUUGUUUGUCUAUUCUGUUUUUACUGUGUUAGCCACGGUGGGUAUACAGAAAAGCCAGAUAAAAUAAUUCAAAUGAAACGUAAACCGCACUUUCUAAGGUGUUCUCUUGCUUCCCCUUUUUAACAGUCGGAGGGGUAUGGACUGAAGGAAGCAACUUACAUCAACAGGUCUCUGUCGUACCUGGAACAAGUUAUUAUUGCGUUGGCCGACCGUAACCGGGAACACGUUCCUUUCCGCCAGAGCAAGCUCACUUACACCCUGAAGGAUUCAUUGGGUAAGGACUUGGGUUGGUGGUACUGGCUGGAGUGUUGGGUUUGGACGAACCCGGGUUCAAGUCCCUGCUCAUGUCAAAUCUGGCCUUGACAGGGCUGUUAUGACACUACGCCGACACUCUGAGUUUAGUUUAACAUCACCUGAUCUCUAAAAUGUAGUUGCUUCUGUUCCCCCUUUCUGUUUAACAGCUCCUAAAGUGGCCAGGAAAAAAAUUAAGUGCCAUUAAAAUUUAUAAUUUAUUUGCAAGGUUCCCAUUAAAAAGAAAAUCAUCUCUCUCUCUCUUUGUGUCUCUCCUAGGCGGGAAUUGCAACACGGUCCUCGUAGCCAACAUCUGCAGUGAAGCCAUCCACAUUGUGGAGACGGUAAGCCUCCUGGCGGGGACUCAAGGGACUGAGACAUGGAUAGAAGUGAAGUGACCGUUCCAGGUGUUUAGGGCACAUGCACCCAAAUGCAAAACUGGGAUUGUUUGAAGGCAGGGAGAGCCAAUGUAGCAGCCUCCAUAUGGACUACAGCUCCCUAUCAUCCCUGGCCUUUGGUUGUGCUGGUUGGAUUUGAUGGCAGCUGGAGUCUGGAAAUUGCUGGAGAGCAUCACGGGCAGGGUAUAAAUAAAAUAUUCUUAUUCUUAUUGGGUACCCCUGGUUUAAGGUGUGCUCUACAUAGGCAGCAGAAUGAGAGUGGACUGUUCCACUUCAGACUGCAGGUGGGAUAUCUGUGCAACGCCACUUCUAGCCUAACUGCACUGGGUGCCACGUUGGGGCAUGUGCAGGGUGCCCAUUAGGGUAUACAGUCUGCAACCUGAAUUCUCCUGUAUGUGAUUGAACCCCACCCAUACAACACCGGUCCUGAAAGACCUACAUUGGCUCCCAGUAUGUUUCUGGGCACAAUUCAAAGUAUUGGUGCUGACCUUGAAAGCCCUAAACGGCCUCGGCCCAGUAGACCUGAAGGAGGGUCUCCACCCCCAUCGUUCAGCCCGGACACUGAGGUCCAGCGCUGAGGGGCUUCUGGCGGUUCCCUUAUUGCGAGAAGUGAGGUUACAGGGAGCCAGGCAGAGGGCCUUCUCAGUAGUGGCGCCCACCCUGUGGAACACCCUCCCACCAGAUGUAGGUAUAUGUAAUAGGCUUAUGUUACAAAACGAAAAUGGAUUUUGAAUUUGGAAAAAAGAAGUACAAAGAUUCACAAAAUGUUUAGGAGUAUGCGUACCCCUGCAUCCCCCCAGAAAAAAAGCACUGAGCACACCUAACUUAACAUCUUUUCUGUCCUUUUUUCUCUGCAUAAACUCUUAUACAUUAACAUGUCAGUCCAUUUCCAAGCCCCUUAAAAAGCAAGGGUGGGAAACUGGAUCAGCCUCCUUAGCCCGCUUUGACAGGUGGGCAAGGAUUCCGCCCCAUCCCCUGGCACUGGAACCUUGUGGUGAAGGGCAGAUAAGAAAUCAAAAUAAUUAUAGUUACAUCUAUUACUUGGCAUUCAGAUAGGCUCUUGGGCAUGGUUUUCUUGACUCCAGAACAAUUGCUAAGUCACAUUCAUUUCUCUUAAGCUGUCCACGCUGCGUUUUGCUACCAGAAUGAAAUGGGUGACCACUGAGCCAAUUGUGAACGAAAAAAUCAACCCAGAGGUAGGUGCCGCCCUUUGCGGGCAAUUCCACUGGCUGGCUGGCUGGGAAGAAAGGUUUGGUCAGUGGAUGAGUGGUUAGUAGGACGUGGGUGGCGCUGUGGUCUAAACCACCGAGCCUCUUGGGCUUGCUGAUCAGAAGGUCGGCGGUUCGAAUCCCUGCAACGGGGUGAGCUCCCAUUGCUCGGUCCCAGCUCCUGCCCACCUAGCAGUUCGAAAGCACACCAGUGCAAGUAGAUGAAUAGGUACUGCUGUGGCAGGAAGGUAAACGGCGUUUCUGUGUGCUGCUCUGGUUUCCGUCACAGUGUCCCGUUGCGCCAGAAGCGGUUUAGUCCCGCUGGCCACAUGACCCGGAAAGCUGUCUGUGGACAAACGCUGGUUCCCUCGGCCUGAAAGUGAGAUGAGCGCCACAACCCCAGAGUCACCUUUGACUGGACUUAACCGUCCAGGGGUCCUUUGCCUUUACCUUACCAUAAUAAUAAUACAGUGAUACCUCUGGUUGCAAAUGGGAUCCGUUCCAGAGGCCCAUUCACAACCUGAAAAGAGCUCAGCCUGAAUUGCUGUAUCUGCGCAGGUGCGCGGUGCAAUUUGGUGUUUGUGUUCAUGCACAAAGUGCGAUUUAGCACUUCUGUGCAUGUGCGAGCGGCGAAAGCUGGAAGUAACCCCUUCCGAGUUGCUGCGGGACGCAACCUGAAAAGACGUAAUCUGAAGCGUCCGUAACAUGAGGUAUGACUGUAAUAAUAAUAAUAAUAAUAAUAAUAAUAAUAAUUUAUUACUUAUACCCCACCCAUCUGGCUGGGUUUCCCCAGCCACUCUGGGCAGCUUCCAACAAGAGAUUAAAAAUACAUUAAAACAUCAGUCAUUAAAAAACUUUCCUAAACAGUAGGAAGUGAAUGGGGUCACUAACUGCUUGGGCUGUGAGACCCUACCUGCACAUGGUCCGUGGGUGAGGGUCUCGCACGGGGAUUCGAACCUCCGACCUUCUGAUCGGCAAGCCCUAGGCUCUGUGGUUUAACCCACAGCGCCACCCGCAUCCCUUCAAUAGUUGUAAGUCACCCUGAUUACUGCAAAUGCACUGGAAGGCUGUUUCUUAAUUUCUGCAAUAAAAAUAGAAGAACUAGAAGAAAUAUAGCAAUAUAAAUCUCUUCUUGCUGGCUGAGGUAGAGUAGGGGUGAUGGCGGCAACCAGGAAGGACUGGAAACUGAAACACAGCUCUGGAACUUUCUACUUCUCUCUCUCUUUCCCGCUUCAUUCUCACCUUUCAUUCUCUCCCUUUGCUUAGCGAAUGGUGAAAAUUCUGGAAAAAGAAGUCCUUUACCUGAAGGAGGAGCUGGCCAUGCACAACAGCUUGGUGAGAAUCAGCCUCUGGGGACGCAGUUAGGCUUUCAAAAUGACGGCCUCUCAAGGAUUCUUGAGGAGGGAGAAAGGUUGUUUUCUGCUGCUCCAGAGAAGCGGACACGGAGCAAUGGAUCCAAACUACAAGAAAGAAGAUUCCACCUAAACAUUAGGAAGAACUUCCUGACAGUAAGAGCUGUUCAGCAGUGGAAUUUGCUGCCAAGGAGUGUGGUGGAGUCUCCUUCUUUGGAGGUCUUUAAGCAGAGGCUUGACAACCAUAUGUCAGGAGUGCUCUGAUGGUGUUUCCUGCUUGGCAGGGGGUUGGACUCGAUGGCCCUUGUGGUCUCUUCCAACUCUAUGAUUCUGUGAUUCUGUAAUUCUGAUGGUGUUUCCUGCUUGGCAGGGGGUUGGACUCGAUGGCCCUUGUGGUCUCUUCCAACUCUAUGAUUCUGUGAUUCUGUGAUUCUGAUGGUGUUUCCUGCUUGGCAGGGGGUUGGACUCGAUGGCCCUUGUGGUCUCUUCCAACUCUAUGAUUCUGUGAUUCUGAUGGUGUUUCCUGCUUGGCAGGGGGUUGGACUCGAUGGCCCUUGUGGUCUCUUCCAACUCUAUGAUUCUAUGAUUCUAUGAUUCUUUAGCUGUGAUUCCUGCAUUUCCGGGAGUUGGACUAGAUGAUCGUUGGUACUCCCUUCCAGCUCUAUGAUGGUAGCAUCACCCAACCCAGAUUGGGCCACCUACCGAUAAAGGGAUGGUGAGGAAACUUUAAUACACAACGUGGGGUGGGCAGCUGGACCGUGCUUCUCUCCCUCCUCCCCAUAAACUGUUCUUAGCCACUUUUCUCCUGGCCCUGGGGAGUGGGGGAGAAUUUGAUUCACAUUUAAAGGCAAAUCUGCCAAAUCCAAAACAAUAUACGAAGCAAAGCAGAGCUGUCCUUUGUCUACCAGUUCCACCUGGUACGCAGGCUGAGACCCUCCCUGCCCACAGACUGUCUCGCCAGAGGUGUGCAUGCUCUAGUUAUCUCCCGCUUGGACUACUGCAAUGCACUCUAUGUGGGGUUACCUUUGAAGGUGACCCGGAAACUACAACUAAUCCAGAAUGCGGCAGCUAGAUUGGUGACUGGGGGCGGCUGCUGAGACCACAUAACACCGGUCCUGGGAGAUCUGCAUUGGCUCCCAGUACGUUUCCGAGCACAAUUCAAAGUGUUGGUGUUGACCUUGAAAGCCCUAAACAGCCUCGGUCCAGUAUACCUGAAGGAGCGUCUCCACCCCCAUUGUUCUACCUGGACACUGAGGUCCAGCGCCGAGGGCCUUCUGGCGGUUCCCUCAUUGCAAGAAGCCAAGUUACAGGGAACCAGGCAGAGGGCCUUCUCGGUGGUGGUGCCCGCCCUGUGGAACGCCCUCCCACCAGAUGUCAAAGAGAUAAACAACUACCUGACAUUUAGAAGACAUCUGAAGGCAGCCCUGUUUAGGGAAGCUGUUAAUGUUUAAUAGGUUAUUGUAUUUUAAUGUGUGACAUUUUAAUGUAUUUUUAAUCUUUGUUGGAAGCCACCCAGAGUGGCUGGGGAAACCCAGCCAGAUGGGCGGGGUACAAAGAAUACAUUAUUAUUAUUAUUGAAAUUCAGAUUUCUCCGAAUUUUGCACUGCAGUUGUCCAGCCAUAGAAACAAGCAACACGCACACAUCAUAAUGGCCAGCCUUUUGCUACAAGACUGGUUGGUAUAGUGCAAUGACUAAGAGACUGAGCUAUGACUCAGGAAGACCCUGGUCCAGAUCUUGUGUUUGCCGUAACUUCAGUGGGUUGGUCAUUCUCUUGGGUUCUGCCCUGCCUCAUCUGCCGCAGCCUGGUGAUAUCACUCAGCUAUUUAAGGAAGAUGCUGUAUAUCAGGUCAGACCAAUUCAAUUUCUGGUCCUACCUGGAGAUGACAGGGAUUGAACCUGCGACCUUCUGUGUGCAAACAGUUGCUCCAGCUUUUAUCGUACAUUGCUGUUGUAAAUUCUGCAGCAAGCUAAUGUCUUUGAGAUGCUUUGCAUGCUCUAAAGUGCCAUAAAUGCUAAUAGUUAUUCCAGCUGUCUUCUCCAUGGUGUGUAGAUGGUCCUACCUUUAGGCAAGCAGUAGAAGGUUGUGCAGUUCUCUUUUGGGGAGUGGGGAAAGAUGGCUGUGGUCCUCACCGCCUAAUGACAUUCUGGGCACACAAUUUAAGGAGGAGGUUGAGAUGCUAGAACAGGUGCAGAGACAGCCAACCAAAAUGAUUAAGGGUCUGGAAACCAAGACUUAGGAUGAAUGGUUGAGGGAGCUGGGUAUGUUUAGCCUGGAAAAGAGCAGGCUGAGAGGAGAGAUAAUAGCCAUCUUCAAAUAUCUCAAGGGCUGUGCCAUGGAAGAUGGAGCAAACUUGUGUUCUCCUGCUCUGGAGGGUAGGACUCGAAGCAAUGAAUUCAAGUUACAAGAUGAGAUUCCAACGAAGCAUCAGAAAGGACUUUCUGGCAGUGAGAGCUGUUAAACCAGGGUUAGGCAACCUAAGGCCCAUGGCCACAAGCAGCCCACGAAGGUCAUUUCACCAGCCCACAAGCCGCCCCCAAACCGAGCCACCCACUCGGUGAGUCCCCGCGCACUGCGCUAAAUCAGCGCAGCGCAUGAUGGACUAUGCAGAAUUGGAUAAAUUAACAGGAAGGAUUCAAAACCUGCAGGACCAGAGAUUCUUAGAAGACUGGAGUAAAUAUAUAAACUAUUUGAAAAGCAAUUAUAGUGAACAGAUUACGCUAGUAGGACUGCAAGAAGUUCUGUAAGGAGGACUAUCUGAAAUAUUGCAAGAAAGACUGUGAGGAGAAUUAUUAGUUAAUGAUAAUUAAGAGUAAUAGAGAAAUUAAGAAAUGCAGAAUAAGUGAUAAAGAACGGAAAAUCUUCAGAGGUGAUGACAGAAGUCUAAAAUAUUGUAUAAGAUAAGAAGCUAUGUUAUAUGAUUGUUGGAAAUGAUAUGUUACAAAAACUAAUAAAAGUGUAUAUAUAUUUAAAAAAUCAGCGCAGUGCAGGAACUCGCUUCCGCAGUGCCGGAAAUCGCGUCUGCGCAUGCUCAGACGCUGAAAAUCGCCUGUGCGCAGUUGCCAGAAAUUGAGGCCGCGCACAUCAUCUGGCCCACAGAGGGAUGUCUGCUGGAGUAAACUGGCCGAGGCGAGGUAAACCUUGCCGGCCCCUGAGUUAGACAGUGGAACCAACUCCCUCGGGAGGUUGUGGACUCUCCUUCCUUGGAGAUUUUGAAGUGAUGGCCAUCUGUCAUGGAUGCUUUAGCUGAGAUCCCUGCAUUGGGUUGGACUAGAGCAGCGGUUCUCAACCCGUGAGUCCCCAGAUGUUGUUGGACUACAACUCCCAUCAUCCCUGAGCUCUAUCCUUGCUAGAUAGGGGUGAUGGGAGUUGUAGUUCAACAGCAUCUGGGGACCUACAGGUUGAGAGAGGCUGGACUAGAGGAUCUUGGGGGGGCCUUCCAAGUCUACAAUUCUAUGAAGCAUUGGACGGAAAGUGAUUUUGGCAUGGCCAAGAGAACUUCUAGCGUUAUGGAGAACAGGGAUGGGCCUGCCUCUCCCGUCACCUAACUGCUGACCUUCUGUUCUCUUACAUUUGCAGCUCAACCGACCUCCAGUGUCUUACGAGCCCCUGAAUGAAAUCCAGGUGGCAGAGAUCAGCUCUCAAGUCCGCCGUUACCUCGAUGGAACCAUAGAUGAGUUAGAUGUACGUACAGUCAUACCUCACGUUACGUUUGCUUCAGGUUGCGCGUUUUCAGGUUGCGACCCGCGGCAACCCAGAAGUACCGGAAAGGGUUACUUCUGGGUUUCGUCGCUCGCACAUGCGCAGACAUGCAAAAUGAUGUCACGCGCACGUGCAGAAGCAGCGAAUCGCGACCCUCGCAUGCGCAGACGUGGGUUGCAUUCUGCUCAUGUUGUUGACACAGCGAUUCUUCAAACAGCUCUUUAUUCAGAUGCCAGAACAGAACUGAACUGAAGGGCUCAGUCAGCCUGCUUAUAUAGAGCUCCAGUACCUUGUUACUGUAACAACUUUCUAAAACUAUCCAAUCACUGAACGUCACUUUCGAUCCUUCAUUUGCAUAACUAUCUACAAUAUCCCUCUGCUGGCCCAGGGUGAGAACUUCAGUACAUAACACAUGUUGUGAACGGAUCCUGUCCCCUCCGGAACGGAUCCUGUUCGCAACCAGAGGUACCUCUGUAGUUGUCAUCUUGCAGAUCCAGGGGGUGUCUUCAGAGAUGGGUUGGGCAAAUCAUAGUUUCUUGCUCAUUCGGAAGCAGUGAGGCCCAAGGCAGGGCCAUACGGAUUAAGGGGAGAUAAACACAGUCUGGCUGCAGGAUCAGGCCAAAGGCCCCUCAUCUAACAUCCUCUUCUCAUAGCGGCCAACCGGGUACCUCAGCAGGAAGCUAAUUUGACCCUCUCAUUCAUGAGUAGGCAAACUAAGGCCCCGGGGCCGGAUCCGGCCCAAUCACCUUCUAAAUCCGGCCCGCGGACGGUCUGGGAAUCAGCGUGUUUUUAUAGGAGUAGAAUGUGUCCUUUUAUUUAAAAUGCAUCUCUGGGUUAUUUGCGGGGCAUAGGAAUUCGGUUCUCCCCCCCCUUCAAAAUAUAGUCCGGCCCCCCACAAGGUCUGAGGGGCAGUGGACCGGCCCCCUGCUGAAAAAGUUGGCUGACCCCUGCUCUCAUUUUACCGUGAAACAUUUGGAAACGUCGGCCAGACUGCCUGCCUCAUUAUGUCAUUCCCUCUGCUUUGCCAGAUUUUGAGCAUCAGACAAAUCCACGAAAUAUUCAACCAGUUCAAAAUGAUCUUGGGGUAAGUGCUUUGGCUUGCCUGUGCUUACAUUCCGCUGACGCCUGCACUUAGAAACCCUUCACUGGUGUUCGUAAUUCUCACUCACGGCCUCCACCUACGAUGCCGUUGUCAGGGCUGGAGUCGGACGCAGGCCAGCGAGAAAGAAAGCACAUCUUCGAUGCCAGUGAAGUUAACGCUUUAUUCAGCCUCGUGGUCUCAGCAACCCUUCCCAGCAGGUCUUGCCUUUAUGGAGCAGUUGCCAGAACUGAAGGACCCCUCCUCUACCACCCUUAAGAUGACUCCUCUCCUGGAAGUUUCCCAAGCACUAUCAAACUGUGUCUGCACAGCUCUGAUCUCUGUUCCGCCCUCCUCAUCCUGCUCUUCUGCACUUCCUUGGAGACCAGCAGGGAGGGGAGCUUGUCGCAGCAGGAGGGGAAGACUCCCUGGAUUUUUCUGCAGUCUCUUGGCCCCGCUCCUCCGCUUCAGCCUCGGAGUCUGCACUGCUCCCUGUCACAGGCUCUUCCUGCUCACUAAAGCCUAUUGUCCCUUCAGCUUCCGACACCUCCUUCCACCAAUCUUCUCCCUCUGACCUCUCCUCGGUGUCCCACCACCAACCCCCUGGCUCUUGAGUCUCCCUCCUCUAGGUUUUCGCUUGGAGGUUCCCCAGCUGGUGCCUCGCAUUGCUUCUCUUCACCCAGCUGUUUUCCCGCAGAACAUCACAUCUGCUUGGUAUUUGUUAGGGAAGCCUUCCCCAACCAUGGUUUUGCAGUACAACUCCCACCAUCCCUGACUAUUGGACAUGCUUGCUGGGGCUGAUGGGAGUUGUAGUUCAAAAAGUCUGGAGGGCACCAAGUUGGGGAAGGCUGUGUUAGGGUAUACAGUGGUACCUCAAGUUAAGAACUUCAUUCAUUCUGGAGGUCCGUUCUUAACCUGAAACUGUUCUUAACUUGAAGCACCACUUUAGCUAAUGGGGCCUCCUGCUGCUGCCGCGCGAUUUCUGUUCUCAUCCUGAAGCAAAGUUCUUAACCCUAGGUACUAUUUCUGGGUUAGUGGAGUUUGUAACCUGAAGCGUAUGUAACCCGAGGUAGCACUGUAUUUCAUGGACGCACAGACACAACCUCCAUUCAUUCUCUAGAACUAGGGUUAUGAACCUCAGGUUCAGCUGCCAUGUUUCUCUCUGGCCAUAUCUUCUCCCCAUGCUGUACCUGUUGCGCUCUCAGGCUAGGCAUGUCCAGAGGAAGGAAUUAACUCUUUAUUGUCAAAAGUACACUUGCUGUCAGGAGCUUGUCCUACACUCAAGUAGGACUCUGGUAGAGACACAUGCCCGACUGGCAUGUUCUCUCCCUCCUGGUCGAUCGUUCAGGAGCUUCAAAAGCUUUCUUCAGCCCGAACAUCACAGCGACCGAUGUCCACAGACACCGGCACACUUAGGGAUCUACAGAGUCUUCACAGCAUUGCGUGGCAGACCUCAGCAACUCAGCAUUUUGGCUAAUCUACUUUAUUUACAUAUGAACACACACGGAGCACUGUAACAUGGCUCCCUCUCUCUCUAGCAUCAGACAGCAAAGGGAAAAAGAACAAAGGACAAGAGUCCCACUUCACGGAACACAGUAACACAAACAUCCUGUCUCCAUCACUUCCCACUCUGUGGAGUCAAAACAUAUACCGUCAUGUGAAAGACAAAAGUCCCAUGACUGCAAUCAUGGAGCAGGAAUUCUAACACUUGCAAGUUAGGGAAAGGCAUGCCCAUCAGUCCUAUGUCUCAGCUCCUUCUAGGUGUUGUGAUGGCCUGGGAAUCCGAUUCAGAGGCUGAACCGGAGGAAUCCCAGCCUGCACAGGAGUCCCCGCCUCCAGGGCCGGCUGAACUGGGGCAGGGCCUUGAUUCUGAAGCACCUGCACCUGUGCCGGAUCCUCAGGAGCAGGCACCAGGUGAAUCCACUCUGGCUCCGGAGGUGGUUGAGGACUCAGUGCCUACAGGUGAGUCUCCCCCUGGGUCCAGUAACCCUUCAGCCUCUCCUGAACUGCAGAGGCUCAGGGCAGAGAGGCGAAGGGAACUGGUUUCUUCCAGGAGGAGUGCUCGCUUUAAGGCCAGGAGAGGCAGGUCUCCUGGGGGCCGGGGCCGCCCCUGGCCUCAGAGAAGAUAAAGGCCAGUCAGCCCGGUCCCAGGUUGCGGGAGCAACGUCGUUGAGUACCUGCUCUUGCCCGGACCCAGACCUGACCUUCCAGUGAUCCUGUCCCCGCCCGGCUUCCUGCUUCGGACCUCGCCUCGCUCCUUGUGAACUGUUUCCAGACCAGUGACCCAGGACUGGACUUUGACUACGCCAACGGUAACCUUCCCCCCGGGACCAGCACAGGUGUGCACCCAAUGAGGCAGUUGCCGCAACAGAGAGACCCUGACCUCGACUUGCGCAUCUCCCCCACCACCAAGCUGUGCUCAGGCAGGCAAAGACUACACUUGCGUGCCACCCGCCUUUUUCUCCUCCCGCUUCAAUCCUCUCCUGGUCCUGGGAGACGGUGGAGCAGGGGUAGCGGGUGCAGGAGGCAGCCACGACAGCUCAGCCCAACGGUAUGGGUGCAUGUUUCUCUCCCCCCCCCCAAAAAAUGUAUUCAUUUUAUAACACAACUGAACAACACAAACAGAAAAACAAACAAUACAAACAAAUUAUUGUCUUAUCCUUAUUUUUUCUAAACAUUGUUAGGUGAGCUUCCCCAAGUCCCCCUAUCUGAUUUACAUAUACAGUACAGUGGUGCCUCGCAAGAUGAAAUUAAUUCGUUCUGCGAGUUUUUUCGUCUUGCGAAGCACGGUUUCCCAAAGUCUUCAAAAUCACCAAAGUCUUCAAAAACCUCAAAAAAGGCUACCACACCGCAUGCUAUGAGUUGCUCCUCGAUGUCACCCUGGGUAUUAACGGUUUUAAGAAAAAGGAAACAAACUUGCAAGACGUUUUCGUUUUUUUCGCUUUUCGUCUUGCGAAGCAAGCCCAUAGGGAAAUUCGUCUUGCGAAGCAACUCAAAAAACGAAAAACUCUUUCGUCUUGCACGUUUUUCGUCUUGCGAGGCAUUCGUCUUGCGAGGUACCACUGUAUCAUAAUUUUUAACCAUUUUUUAAACCACACUUACUUUUACCAUAAAAAUCUUCACAUUUUAUUCACUUACAAAUAAUACUCUUUUAAAAUACACUAUCUUCUGCUUCUGACCCUACAGCCUAUAUCCACUUCCAAAGCUAUUCUAAGAUUUAAAUAUUAACAUAUUUUUUCAAAGAUUCUUUAAACUUCUUCCAAUCUUCUUCCACCAUCUCUUCUCUCUGGUCUCGGAGUCUCCCAGUCAGUUCGGCAAGUUCCAUAUAGUCCAUCAUCUUCAUCUGCCCUUCUUCGAUAGCUGGUAAAUCUUGUUGCAUGUUUCUCUUUUUUAGCCAGCAAGAGCAGGAAGUGGAAGCCAGGCUGCGAAAUAAAUACACCCUGAUAGACAAAAACGACUACGCAACCCUGUCUGCAGUUCAAAAGGUUGGUGUUUGUGCACUAGCACACGUGUGUGAGAGAGAGAAGGAGGAAGGGAGAGAGAGGGAAACCGAGAUCAUUGGGCUGGAGCCCAGAGCGAGGUUCAGCAUUUGCAUUUUAAUUCUCCUAUAUUUGGUUCCACUUCAAGGCCCACCCCGGAAAACUUAUGAGAGGCAUUGCAGCCCGGCAAUAUUUUGCAGGCCACGCAUUUCAGAUGGCUCUGUUUGUCCACAUCAGAAAAACACGGUUCUCUAAAGCUCAGUGUUUCCGUGUCCCGGCCAAUUUCCACUCCUAACCUGCCUCCCAAAUUUAAACCCAUGCAAUCCCAUUCGACUGAAUAAUCCUGGUAUCCUAAAAACAGAGGCGGCAAUUGCUUCUGAAUGCCCGUUGCCAGAAACUGCAGGAGACAGUGGGCCCUCACGCUCGGAUCCUGCUCGCAAACAUCCCAUAAUAAGCACCUCUCUUCUCAUGUUCUGAUGUCCUCGGAGUUUGGCUUGUGUGUGUGUAUGUAAGUUGCUGGGGAGGCAGCACAUUUCCCAACGAGUGGAAUCCCAGCUGCAGAUUCCAGGGGCAGAGAUUUGAAACCGCUUAACAGCCCCUCUGAUCUCCACUGUCGCCAGGCAGGACUGGUCGAUGCCGAAGGCCACCUGGUUGGGGAAGUUGACGGGCAAGGAUUUGGCAUCGGAGUCGCUCCUUUCUCAUCCAAGCCCGGAGGGAAGAAAACGAAAGCAAAGCGAGGCAAGGAGCAAGUCAGGUUGGUACCCUCCUGUUCCCACAGUCAGGCGUCUUCGGGUCGGAUUUCUUACGCUCCCGUGGGCCGUGGCAAAUGCGGACCCCUGAGCAUUGCUUCUCUGCCUGCUGUAGUGGCGGGGUUGGGGGGUUGGCAGCUGGGUUGUGGACCCUCCUGUGGCCGAGAGGCAGGAGCCGGUGUGGGCAACACCAGGGCUUCUCUGUGCCCCCUCACUGCAGAUUAAUAAUAAUAAUAAUAAUAAUAAUAAUAAUAAUAAUAAUAAUAAUUUAUUUAUACCCUGCCCAUUUAUACCCCCAGCCACUCUGGGCAGCUUCCAACAGAACACUAAAAUACAAUACAGUGGUACCUCGGGUUAAGUACUUAAUUCAUUCCAGAGGUCCGUUCUUAACCUGAAACUGUUCUUAACCUGAAGCACCACUUUAGCUAACGGGGCCUCCUGCUGCUGCCGUGCUGCCAGAGCACGAUUUCUGUUCUCAUCCUGAAGCAAAGUUCUUAACCCGAGGUACUAUUUCUGGGUUAGCGGAGUCUGUAACCUGAAGCGUAUGUAACCUGCAGCGUAUGUAACCCGAGGUACCACUGUAACCUAUUAAACAUUAGUAAAGGUAGAGGUACCCCUGCCCGUACGGGCCAGUCUUGACAGACUCUAGGGUUGUGCGCCCAUCUCACUCAAGAGGCCGGGGGCCAGCGCUGUCCGGAGACACUUCCGGGUCACGUGGCCAGUGUGACAAGCUGCAUCUGGCGAGCCAGCGCAGCACACGGAAUGCCGUUUACCUUCCCGCUAGUAAGCGGUCCCUAUUUAUCUACUUGCACCCGGGGGUGCCUUUGAACUGCUAGGUUGGCAGGUGCUGGGACCGAGCAACGGGAGCGCACCCCGCCGCGGGGAUUCGAACCGCCGACCUUUCGAUCGGCAAGCCCUAGGCGCUGAGGCUUUUACCCACAGCGCCACCCGCGUCCCUUAUUAAACAUUAAAAGUUUCCCUAAACAGGGCUGCCUUCAAAUGUCUUCUAAAAAUUGGGUAGUUAUUUUUCUCUUUGACAUCUGGUGGGAGGGUGUUCCACAUGUCGGGUGCCACCACUGAGAAGGCCCUCUGCUUGGUUCCCUGUAACCUCACUUCUUGCAGGGAGGGAACUGCCAGAAGGCCCUUGGAGCUGGACCUCAGUGUCCGGCUAGAACGAUGGAGGUGGAGACGCUCCUUUAGGAGCGUGCUGGAUUGCACAAAAUAAGGGGAAAGGAGGUGGCCAGGGAGAAUCAUGUAUCUUUCUGAUCCCUGAAUUGGGAGGCAUCGGAACAGAGCAAGUCUUGAACAGAGCAGGUGUCCUGGACUGAUUGGACGCAGAGGAAUGGUGGGAGGAACCAGCUGGGGGGACCCCCUAAGGGAAGAAAGCUCGGAGCCAAGGGAGUGGUGGUGGUGGGAAGACUGGGAAUAGGCGGUGUCAGAAGCUGAAGAGGUAAGAGGGCUUAGUGGGCUGGGAGAAUGUGGCAGAAGGGAGUCCAGAAGCAGAAACAGGAGAGUGGAAUGAUGGAGGCCAAGAGGCAGAGUUGAAUCAGGCUGAUGAAGAAGCAUGGGUGUCUCCUCCUCACUGGUCUCCCAGAACCCAGAGAGGCAUGAGGUGGGAGGAGCAAAGGCAGACAUGCCGGCAUCGUCUAGGGUUGCUUGUGAAAGAUCCGGGAGAGGAGGAGACUUAGGCAGCUGUGGGAAGGCCUUCAGUCUGCACAAGUGCCUCAUAGGGGCAAGACUUUCUGAGAAGAGCUGCUGUCCUCAUUAGGCCUGACACUCCUGAGCAGAUCCUGUUUCUUUAUUGCUGGCUCGCUCCUGAUGGCGGAGCAUGCAUUGCAGGGGGCUGGAUUAGAUUGUCCUUUGGGUCCUUUCCAACUCUACAAUUCUCUGGUCCUGGCUCUGAGAACUGUAUAUACCGUAUUUUUCGCUCCAUAAGACGCACUUUCUCCCUCCUAAAAAGUAAGGGGAAAUAUGUGUGCGUCUUAUGGAUCGAAUGCAAGCGGGAGGCUCUGCUUAGCGCUCCCUUUAAAGAGUCGCAUGGAGCGUGUGUGCGUCUCUUGGGGGCUUUUCCCAAGGAGGGAGAAGGGCAGCCCAUCAGUCCCUUCUCCCUCCUCAGGGAAAAGCCCCCAACACACACUCCACACGGCUCUUUAAAGGGAGCGCGGCUCUUGGGGGCUUUUCCGGGAGGUGGAGGAAGGGACUGAUGGGCUGCCCUCUGUCCCUUCCCCCACCUCCCGCAAAAACCAGCAAGAGCCGCACACACGCUCCACGCGGCUUGUGAAAGGGAGCGCUGGGCAGAGCCUGGGAUGCAUACGGGCUCUGCUCAGUGCUCCCUUUAAAGAAUUUUUUUUCCUAGCUUUCCCCCUCUAAAAACUAGGUGCAUCUUAUGGAGCGAAAAAUACGGUAAUAUGCCCCCUUUCAGAGGCACCAAAGGCUCCCAGAGGACUGGAAAGCUCUUGCAGGACUUUUGAUCUCUUCAUCACCGGUCUUCCCUUUGGCCAGCUUUGGGUGCUGGUCCUCAAAGCUGCAUCCUCAAGUGCCCCAAACUAGAGCUGAGCACCUCCCAGUUUUGCUGAGGAAGGGUCAGGUCACGGCCUCAGUGGAGCUCAAGCUCAGCCCUGGAUCCGGCCAUAAAACGUUGCCCUCUUCUUCUUUCCCAGCCCCACUCUGAAGAAGGAAGGCUUGGCAAGUCCUCUUUCUGGGAAGGACCUGGAGACCCUUUCUCCUUCCCGCAGCCAGGUAGGGGCAGUUACCAAGGACCCGGAGGCAAGGGAGGGCUUGAUCCGCGAGCAGGACGCCGUCAGCUUCGAGACCCAUCGCUCUGACUCUGCGCCAAGAGAGGAGCCCAGCACGAGGCCCAGGUUGGUUUUUUGCCUCUUAGGAAGGUCGUGAGCCCUGUCUGUAGCCGACUAGGGUGCUGUUCCAAAAACUGAUGGUGGGGAUAACCACCAUCUCUGCGCCUGCACACACACACCGUUUUUAUAGUUCAAAUUCACUCAAAGCCAGACCAAGGGGAGUAAUAGUAUUGCUCUAGUCUGCCUCGGUCAGACCCCACCUGCAGUCCUGUGUCCAGUACUGGACACUCCAGUUUCAGAAAUCUCUGGGCGCCACAAUUUAAGGAGAAUAUUGACAAGGUGGGACGUGUGCAGAGGAGGAUGACCAAGAUGAUCAGGGGUCUGGAAACCAAGCCUUAUGAGGAACGGUUGAAGGAGUUGGGUAUGUUUAGCCUGGAAAAGAGGAGACUGAGAGGAGAUAGGAGAGCCAUCUUCAAAUAUCUUAAGGCAGCGAUGGCCAAACUUGGCCCUCCAGCUGUUUUGGGACUACAACUCCCAUCAUCCCUGACCACUGGCCCUGUUAGCUAGGGAUGAUGGGAGUUGUAGUCCCAAUACAGCUGGAGGGCCAAGUUUGCCCAUCACCGUCUUAAGGGAUGUCACAUGGAAGAGGGAGUGAGCUUGUUUUCUCCUGCUGUGGAGGGUAGGACUCGAACCAAUGGCUUCAAGUUCCAAGGAAGGAGAUUCUGACUCAACACCAGCAAGAACUUUCUCAUAGUAAGAGCAGUUCAAUAGUGGGACCGACUUCCUCAGGAGGUUGUGGACUCUCCUUCAUUGGAGGUUUUUAAACAGAGUUUGGAUGGCCAUCUGUCAUGGAUGCUUUAGCUGAUUCCUGCAUUUUAGGGGGUGGGUUGGACAAGAUGAUAAUAAUAAUAAUUUAUUAUUUAUACCCCACCCCUCUGGCUGGGUUUCCCCAGCCACUCUGGGUUGCUUCCAACAGAAUAUUAAAAUACAGUAACCUAUUAAACAUUAGAAGCUUCCCUAAACAGGGCUGCCUUCAGAUGUCUUCUAAAAGCCUAGUAGUUGUUUUUCUCUUUGACAUCUGGUGGGAUGGCGUUCCACAGAGCGGGUGCCACCACCAAGAAGGCCCUCUGCCUGGUUCCUUGUAACUUGGCUUCUCACAGCGAGGGAACUGCCAGAAGGCCCUCGGCGCUGGACCUCAGUGUCUGGGCUGAACGAUGGGGGUGGAGACACUUCUUCAGGUAUACUGGACCGAGGCCGUUUAGGGCUUUCAAGGUCAGCACCAGCACUUUGAAUUGUGCUCGGAAACGUACUGGGAGCCAAUGUAGGUCUUUCAGGACCAAGGUUAUAUGGUCCUGGCGGCCACUCCCAGUCACCAGUCUAGCUGCUGCAUUCUGGAUUAGUUGUAAUUUCAGGGUCACCUUCAAAGGUAGCCCCACAUAGAGCGCAUUGCAAAGACUCUUGGUUCCAACUCUAUGAUUCUGACUCAGGCAGACUCUUAAGGGGCUUAUCACCAGCCUCAAAGCUCAGCCUUUUCCCACCCUAUGCCCUGAAGGGUUUAUUUUCCUCCUGGCUCUGUAGGGAAAUUCAUGACUCCCCACAGAAUGUCCCAAAUGGUCAACACACACAAACAUACACACAUACCACCUCUGGCUUGCAAUGGCUGGGGUUUUUUUUUAAUUGUCCUUCUCUUCUUGACUUGACGUUUUCAUCCCCCAAAAAAGUUUUUGAUCUGAGUUUCCAUUGAAAUGAGGGUGCAUUUUACCAUAUUAAUGUUUUGAUGUUGUAUUUCAAUCUUGUUUUUAAGUUGUAUCUUAAUCAGUUUGCUUUUAUAUCAGGUGUUAGCCGCCCUGAGCCCGGUCUUGGCUGGGUAUAAAUAAAAUUUAUUAUUAUUAUUAUUAUUAUUAUUCUUUGGAAACAGUUCCCCACCUGCAAAGACAGCAGCCUUUGAGGAGUUCAAGAACGAGCGCGGCAGCGAAAUCAACCGGAUAUUCAAGGAGAACAAAGCCAUCCUGAAUGACCGCAAAGGCAAAAUGAACGAGGUUGCCCAGAGAAUCAACGUGCUCAAAACGGAGAUGGACAACAUCAAGCAGGCACUGGACGUCCAGAAAGCUGAACGCGAUCAGCAGGGUGAGCAGGGCCUGGGCUGCGUCAGAGAAUCUUACGAGUUGGAAGGGACCCGAGGGUCAUCUAGUCCAACCCCGAGAGCGGGAGAGACUCAUGUUAAUGCUGGGGCGGGGAGAGAUGCCGUGCCAUGCCUGCCAACUAGGGAGGGGAAAGAAAUUCGAUUUGGUUUGCGUUUAAACGAGAACCUACCUAAGUCACGCUUUCAGAAGCAGUCUGAGAACUGAAGUUCUCCAAAAUUCCUUUCUCCAGAUUCUGCAAUGCAGUCCUCCCGCCAAGUUACAAAUUCAGGGGGAAACGACAUUCUUAGAUGUAUUAUAUUAAGGGCAAUCACUUGAAGAAAUGUGAUUGUCGAAACCGCAUACCACAAUGUGUUCAUUAGGAGAAAUCGCCCCUAACACAGUGAAUUUUUACGUGGAUUUUUUUAAAAUCACAAGUUGUUGCGGAAAUGGGGAGAUGAGAGACUCAUUUCCAAUAUGUACGGGAAUUUAGCUUCCAGGGACGCGGGUGGCGCUGUGGGUUAAACCACAGAACCUAGGACUUGCUGAUCAGAAGGUCGGCGGUUCGAAUCCCCGCGGCGGGGUGAGCUCCUGUUGCUCGGUCCCACCUCCUGCCAACCUAGCAGUUGGAAAGCACGUCAAAGUGCAAGUAGAUAAAUAGGUACCACUCCAGCGGGAAGGUAAACGGCGUUUCCGUGCGCUGCUCUGGUUCGCCAGAAGCGGCUUAGUCAUGCUGGCCACGUGUACGCCGGCUCCCUUGGCCAAUAAAGCGAGAUGAGCGCCACAACCCCAGAGUUGGUCACGACUGGACCUAAUGGUCAGGGGUCGCUUUACCUUUUAAUUUAGCUUCAGGUGCCCUUGAACCUCCUCCCUCACCCUGCCUUGGUGUGGCAGAUAAAAAUGCAGUUUUAUAUGCCUCUGGCCAGGUACUUAAAUAGAUUCCUAGCCCAAUAGGAAGAGGCGUCUUCGCCACCUUUAUGUAUCUUUUGUUCAGUGUUCAGAAUUCAUUCCAAAGUGCAUUUUUCAGCGCUCCUUUCUCUCUAGCCGAGCACACCUGGGAAUGGCCUUUUCACAUUUUAGCCUUUUCCCUCUGUGUGGAAGCGUUUUUGCUGGUCACCCUGACCUGAGUCUUCCUCCUUUUCCUUCUCUAUUUCCUUCUCCACCUCCUAGCUCUGGAGAAAGGUAAGGCAGAACAACUGGUCCAUUUCCCUGAUGCAUCCUCCCAUAAACCCAAAGAUAUUUGGAAUGAGUUUACACAGAAUAUAUGAGGUUAUUGACAAUUAUGUGUGCAUUAGGACAGUAAGAAUAGGAAACCGUAGUUUUGGUGCCCAAAUUGUUACAUAGGGAGACAUCUGUGUAUUAAUAUGUGGUAAUGUAACAGUAUUCCCCACCCCCCAUUCUCGCUUUCUUUCUUUUUUCUCAUUCUUAUCUUUGUAUGAAUGAAAUUACUCAAAUAAAAUGUUAAUCAAAAAGAAAAACCAUCUGUUUUUAUCUUUUUUAAAAAAAUCAUUUUUAUUAAGUUUUCCACUUUGACAAUCCAAUCAAAUCACAUCAAAUAUUCCAAAUUAUACAUGUACAUAUCAAAUAAUCCAAAUAUUCUGCCAAAUGAUAAUUUUUUUAAUGGGGCUUCCCAUGCUUCAAGUUUGGAAGGUUCUGAUCAUCUCGUAUCUCUACUGCUUUUCAUAGUCAUUUCUGAUGGUUCCUCUAAUUCUUCCUGUUGUUAACCUUCCUUCUUUCACGGCCUCUGAGUUGUUCCCACAAGCGAGUUGAAACAAACAGUGAUGUAUUUCUGUGUGGAUUUUAUGUCUAUGAUUCCCCUCCAUAAGUUUGCAGCAUCUCCUCACACGCUGGUUUUUCUGCCAAAUCAAUCCAAAGGUCUUCUCGCUGCUGGCAGCCGCCAUCUUCACUCAGUUUUUUUUUUUAUCACCCAUAUCCUUUAGAGCAGGCGAGUGGGUGGCGAGGAGAGAGGCCACUGGCGAAGUUUAUACUGGUUUCCAGUUUCACCAGCAUUGAUGAAACUGGCAGGGCUUUCCCCAGACUCCCCGCUUUCACAGAAGAGCAGGUGGAGGACAGUAAAAGAAAUGGAGUCGGCACAGGCAGAACUAAUGAAGGACAUCAUAUAGGCUGCCGGACUGCCACCAACCACAUCAUGCUGGGAUUGUACCCAAGUCAUUGUGGGCCAGCCUCUUGGGAAGUCUGUUGUUGUUGUUGUUUUAAUUAUUUAAUCAUUUUUUCAACACAAACAGCGACCACAAAAAACACAUACAACCAAAACCACAAUAACGCUAAGAACACAAUUUAACAAUUCAGAUUUGAGUACUGAUAUACAGUGGUGCCUCGCAAGACGAAAAGAAUCCGUUCUCUUCGUCUAGCGGUUUUUUCGUCGUGGGAAGCAAGCCCAUUAGCGGUUUAGCGCUAUUAGCGCUUUUAGCGGCUUAUCGGCUUAUCGGAUAAGCGGCUUAGCGGCUUAGAAAAAGGGGGGGGGAGGAAAAAAAACAUGCAGGAACUCGCAAGACAUUUUCGUCUUGCGAAGCAAGCCCAUAGGAGAUUCGUUUUGCGAAGCACCUCCAAAACGGAAAACUCUUUCGUCUAGCGAGUUUUCCGUCUUGCGAGGCAUUCGUCUUGCGGGGCACCACUGUACCUAUAACUCGACCUUUUUAACAACAUUUCCCCACCUCUCCUCCCCCUACUUCCCACCACUUUCCGCCUUAUCUCUUAAGUAAUCCUUCCAGAUUUCUUCAUAUUUAUCCAUUCUUAAUUGGCGUCGAUAUGCAAUUUGGUCGUAUGUAACUAGUCUGUCCAUGUUGUCAAUCCAUGUGCUCAAUGGGAUCUUUUUGCGGCUCUUCCAAUUCAUCAGAACAAGUUUUUUUGUUUCUAAUAUGGCACGGUACAUCCAUUUUUUUUGACCCCUUGUAAUCUCCCACGUUUCCGGUAUAUAAUUCAGAAUUAAAUUCAAAUCCCCUAAAUAACUUUUUUUAAAAAUUACUCUUGCUAUAUAUAUCCUCACCUCGCACCAAAAUGAUCUUAUCAUCGGGCAGCCAAUCAUCAUAUGUACUAAGUUCACAUUUUUACUCCCACAUCUCCAGCAGUUGUCUGCAUUUGUUAUUUUCUUCUGGUAAGGUUUUGCUGGCGUCCAAUGGACUCUGAGUAUUAUUUUCUGCUGAAUAAGUCUUAAGUCUUAGAUCUAUAGAAGCUAUUUCUGUUGAUUUUAUACAUGACUCCCAUAUAUCACUUGUUAUCUGCACCCCCAACUCAUAUUCUAAAUCUUGUUGUGACAUUUCCCGCUUCCAAAGCAUCAGCUCAGGAGAUGUGCUGAUGCGCAUUAACUAAACCAAGAGAUUUCCAGGCGAUUGCUAAAUUGCUUGCAAGCUCACAAGCGAUUUCAACUCCUCUGUACGCCACGAGAUGGACGGCAUCGUGGUUUUGAGGUGCACUCCCAACCCGUAAAACUUUGUUCUGUUCUUCGACCCUCCAGGAGAAUACCAGAGCGAGGACGGACAAAUCAUUAUUGACGAAGAGGAGUUCAUGUUGAUUAUGAAGAUGAAGGACCUGAAGAAACAGUACCGGGUGGAUUACGAGGAGCUGCGGAACCUCCGGUCCGAAGUCCAGUAUUGCCAGCACCUAGUGGACCAGUGCCGCAACAGGCUGGUCUCAGGUACUGCCGGUGGGCAAAGGGCCUGGCAUGCGCUUUCUAGCCUGGCGUGCGCUGAGCAUGCGCUAAGCCUUAGCACAUGGCCUGCGUUGGUCUUGUUGGGCAGAAGUACAGGAAAUCCAUAUGUUGCUGGUCUCAUAGCAGGCUUCCUCAGGUCAAAAAUACCGUAUUUUUUGCUCUAUAAGACUCACUUUUUCCCUCCUAAAAAGUAAGGGGAAAUGUGUGUGCGUCUUAUGGAGCGAAUGCAGGCUGCGCAGCUAUCCCAGAAGCCAGAACAGCAAGAGGGAUUUCUGCUUUCACUGCGCAGCGAUCCUUCUUGCUGUUCUGGCUUCUGAGAUUCGGAAUAUUUUUUUUCUUGCUUUCCUCCUCCAAAAACUAGGUGCGUCUUGUGGUCUGGUGCGUCUUAUAGAGCGAAAAAUACGGUAGCUGGAACAACCAGAAGGUUUUAGCUGGUUGGAGGGCGGCGUUCAGCACCCCCAGGCAUCUUCAGAGGCUUGGAAUAAGGCAGAGACAGAGAACCCCAAACCGGAAGGGCCUGAAAAUACUCUGGGGGAAUAGAUGAAACGUUCCAGAUUCUUGAAAGAAAUUAUGAUAGCAGCAGACUGGAAUUUGAAUCACAGUGCCCUUAGUAUGCACAGGUCCCACUUACUGAACACUAUGCAUUCCCAGGAAAUCAUUUGUUAGGAGAGUGUUCGCACAACAAGUCCACAAUUUCCAUUAUUUCCUAAGGGGACAUUUCUAAUGCAGAAUUUGUCCACUCCCGACCCGCUCCAUGGUUUCUUCCUGAAGUCACUGCAGCCUAUCAGUAAAAGAGAGGCAAAAUUUAAAAACUGAUUUGCCUGACCUCCCCUCCCUCAUUUGUCAGAUUUUUUGGCUCUUCAAUUCAUCUGCUCUUGUUCCCAGUACGUUUCUGAGCACAAUUCAAAGUGUUGGUGCUGACUUUUAAAGCCCUAAACGGCCUCGGCCCAGUAGACCUGAAGGAGCGUCUCCACCCCCAUCGUUCAGCCCACUGCACUGAGAUCCAGCUCCGAGGGCCUUCUCGGUGGUGGCACCCUCCCUGUGGAACUCCCUCCCACCAGAUGUCAAAGAGGAAAACAACUACCAGACUUUUAGAAGACAUCUGAAGGCAGCCCUGUUUAGGGAAGCUUUUAAUGUUUAAUAGAUUGUUGUAUUUUAAUAUUCUCUUGGAAGCCACCCAGAGUGGCUGGGGAAACCCAGCCAGAUGGGCGGGGUAUAAAUAAUAAAUUAUUAUUAUUAUUACAUUAUUAUUCCUGCUUUCUGACUGAAAGCGGCUGCCACUGACCAGCAAAGCACAAAAAAAGGAAGUCGACUGUUUAGAUAAGUGAAUCUGCAGAGCGUAGUGAGGUUUGGGUGUAAUUAUUUAAGUGCAGAUAAGUGAAUUUUCAGAGAACAAGCAUGCGGAUGGUGUGACCUGCGUGUUUUGACUGAUGGUUACGGACAGGCAAAAUGGACUUGGUUGCUCAAAGGCGAUUUGAAAAAUACACAAAGAAAAACAAAAUACAGGCAAUAUAUAGGAUAUAGGAGAUAACUGACCAUAUGCCCACCUCCUUUCAGAAUUCGAAAUCUGGUACAAUGAGUCCUUCCUCAUCCCAGAGGAGGUCCAGGAAGCCUUAAGGCCUGGGGGAGCCAUAAGACUUGGCAUGAUCCCAAUUAACAGAGUCCUAACUCUGGUAAGUAAAGCCGAGACGCAUACCUUGGCCUUCCUCACCCUGUUUCACUGAUCAGCUGCUAAGCGCUAAUCAGCUGUUGGGACCCAAGAGCUGAUCCACACUGGCAACUGCCAAGUUGUUGCAGCCCCAGAAAAGCCCCGAUAUCUCUUGCAAGAAUCCCUGUGCCCUUAGGAGGGGGAGAAAAGGGAUGUGUUUGUGUGUGUGUCACACGAUGCACAGUGCAAGAUUCAUUGAAGGGAAGAUGACCUUUCCUAUCUUCUGAAGGACACACCAUGAUUUAUAAGAGGGGAAAAGGGAGGUCUUUCCCGAUUCCUCCCUCCACUACACACUGCUUGGUGUUGCAACGAUACGAUACGAUAAUCUUUAUUGUCAUUGUCCCAUAGAGAACAACGAAAUUGAAAAAAACCUACAUCAGACAUUCAAAAACCAACAAGCCUGCUAUCCCAGCCUGGUUAGCCCCCUAAAAACUCUGAUACCCCAUAAUUAAAUACAAUAUACUCCCACAGAGACUACCUUAAAGGUAAAGGGACCCCUGACCAUUAGGUCCAGUCGUGGCCGACUCUGGGGUUGCAACGCUCAUCUCGCUUUACUGGCUGAGGGAGCCGGCGUACAGCUUCCGGGUCAUGUGGCCAGCAUGACUAAGCCGCUUCUGGCGAACCAGAGCAGCGCACAGAAACGCCGUUUACCUUCCCGCUGGAGUGAUACCUAUUUAUCUACUUGCACUUUGACGUGCUUUCGAGCUGCUAGGUUGGCAGGAGCAGGGACCGAGCAACGGGAGCUCACUCCGUCAUUGCGGGGAUUCGAACCGCCGACCUUCUGAUCAGCAAGUCCUAGGCUCUGUGGUUUAACCCACAGCGCCACCCGCGUCCCAGAGGCCACCUUACACUGCGUUUAAAACCAAAAUUGCAUUUGGAUAGAAACUGUUUCUCAGGCGGCUAGUCCUAGUCUUCUCAGGGCUCCCUGCAUCUGUUUGACCAUGACUUCUCCUCCUUUGGAGUUAGAGAUAUUUGGCGCAUGCAUCAGCCAGGUAGACUUUCUUUGCUUCCCACUUCUCCCCUGGUGGGGCAGGGCACUGUUUUGUGGCGUGUCCCCCCUCCCAGUGCCAAAAUGUCCCGGGCUGGCCCUGCUUCCCAUCAUCCGGUAGGUCAAAUUUGCUGUGUGCCCCACUAUUUCAUUCUUGGCUUUUGCAUUCCUCUCUUCUUCUCCUCCUUCCAGGAUGAAGACGAACAGGAGAGGUUUGAGCGGAUGCAGCAGGAAGUCCUGCCGUUCUGCCCGGAUUCUGUCUCCUUCUACAAUGCCAAAGCAAAGGUGGACCGGAAGGUAAAACUGAGAACCUCUAGGUUCCGUUGGUUCUGUAUCAGAUGCUGAAGGGAAUCAGGAGAUGACCAUUAUCUAAUAAAUAAUAAUAAUAAUAAUAAUAAUAAUAAUAAUAAUAAUACAGUGGUAGCUCGGGUUAAGUACUUAAUUCGUUCCAGAGGUCCGUUCUUAACCUGAAACUGUUCUUAACCUGAAGCACCACUUCAGCUAAUGGGGCCUCCUGCCGCCGCCGCGCCACCGGAGCCCAAUUUCUGUUCUCAUCCUGAAGCAAAGUUCUUAACCCGAAGUAAUAUUUCUGGAUUAGCUGAGUCUGUAACCUGAAGCGUCUGUAACCCGAGGUACCACUGUAAUUUAUUUAUACCCCACCCAUCUGACUGGGUCUCCCCAGCCACUCUGGGCGGCUUCCAACCAAAUAUCAAAAACAAUACAAUACAGACAUUAAAAACUUCCCUAAACAGGUGUCUUUUAGAAGUAAAAUAGUUGUUUAUUGCCUUGACAUCUGCUGGGAGGGCGUUCUACAGGGCAGGCGCCACCACCAAGAAGGCCCUAUGCCUGGUUCUCUGUAACUUUACUUCUUGCAGUGAGGGAAUCGCCAGAAGGCCCUCGGAGCUGGACCUCCGUGUCCGGGCAGAACGAUGGGGGUGGAGAUGCUCCUUCAGGUAUAAAGGACAUGUAUUUUUAGCUCCUCUUUCUGAGUUUUCCAGAGGCAUCUAGCAGGGGCUAAUAUUUUACUCAGAUGGACCCUUGGUCUGAUCCAGCCGGGCAUCUCUUGUAUCCUUUGCUUUCCCGGGAAGUAGAGCUUCUGGGUUUUCCUUGGGGCAUCCCGGUCAACACAGCAGGGCAGGGGGGGAAUUUUGACCGCUGUGAGACUGGAUGGACCUUUGGCCUUAUUCAGCAGCCAACCUCUUCUUAUAAUUCUCGUUAAUGCCCUGUAACGGAUCAAAGUUGGCACCUGCAUUGAUCUUACGGAAGUAAAAUCAACAAAACGAUGUCUCUUAUUAAACCCCAGCGGGAAUAGAAAGGCAUUUAAAGGGUUCAUAUUUCGCAGAACCUUUUGCCCCACAAAUAACGAGCAACCGGUGUGUAAAAAGGUGGGACGGGUUCUUGGAUGUUCAUCUUCUGUUUCGGUCUCAUCCAGUUGUGCAGACAAAAGCUUAUGAGUUGCUGCUGGUUAGAAUCCAGAGGGCGGGAUGUUGCUGCUGGCUUUCAGCUUGCAAAACAGAGAUCUGUCCCAGUAUGUGAUGGCCUGGGACUAGGGCUCGGACUCGGAACCAGAGGUGACACAGUCUGCACCGCAUCCUUUGCCUCAGGCAUCAUCUGAACCAAGUCUGGGGCCUGAUCCUGAAGAGCCCCAGUCUGCACAGGUCCCCCUGCAACAAGCACCAGCUGGGCUGAGUCAGGGGCCUGAUCCUGCCCUGGCUCCAGAUGUGGGGAUGACCUCGUUGCCUCCAGCUGGGCCAUCACUUACAGCUGCUCCACUACCGGUUGGGUCAGGGGAGGCUGAGGCGGCCCCUGGGUCUAGUAACCCACCGACAUCUCCCGAGCUGCAGAGACGAAGGUCUGAGAGAAGGAGAGAACUGAGUACAGUGGUACCUGGGGUUACAUAUGCUUCAGGUUACAGACUCUGCUAACCCAGAAAUAGUACCGCGGGUUAAGAACUUUGCUUCAGGAUGAGAACAGAAAUCAUGCUCUGGCAGCAGCGGGAGGCCCCAUGAGCUAAAGUGGUGCUUCAGGUUAAGAACAGUUUCAGGUUAAGAACAGACCUCUGGAACGAAUUAAGUACUUAACCUGAGGUACCACUGUACUCACAGGAGGAAUGCUCGCCUUCGGGCGAAACAGGGAGGUGAGUCACCGGGGGAUCAGGACCGGCCUCUACCCCGACAAAGGCUGUUGGACCCUGACCCAUGUUGCAGGAGCAACACUGCUGUGUGCUAGAUCCUGCACCUGCCCUUGCCUGGUUUCCUGCCUCGUGUCCUGCCUUGGCCCCGUCGGACUGACUCCCGCAGAACCUUCGGAUUCUGGUCUGGUCCUGGACCGCGUUUCACGGGUUACCCCUGGGCCCAGCACCGUAAUUCCAGCAGGAUGUUAACAUGGCACAGGCCUCUCCCCUCGUUCACCUGCCCAUCGAAAGUGGCAAGCGCUUUGCUAGAAUAGUAAGCAAACCAGAGAGUGCAGCCGCUUCUAUAAAUUUUUGGACAGAACUUGCAUCACAACGUCAUAUGCAACAGGGCAGCUUAAUUAGCAGCUUUUUGCCUGCAGAAAUAGGUCAGGAUGAGACCGAAAAGGGACGCAGAGGAGCUCGUUGUGCACUUCAGCACUCUAUAAAUACUCACUUGGUCUCAUGGAAGAGGCCUGCAAAAAGUUCGUGCUUGUUUGAACUAUUGGUUUGACCUAAUGCUGAAUCUAUUUUUACAACUUAUGUCAAGGUUAGGGGUGGGGGAAGUUUGAGUAUUUAAAGGGAUGGGGAGAAAAGGCCUAGGAGGAACAGAGCAGUGGGAAUUUUGAGCACCGAGCACCCCAUCCAAAAUUACUGUAAGCCUCCCAGGCCUUGACAAGAAACCUUCUAAAACCCCACAUGGGCUGGAGGCUUAAAUAGAUUUUGUUUUAACUAAAAGCCAAGAUUAUCAGGGCUCUGAGAAGCAACUUCUGGUUGGCAAGAUCUUGUAUCCCUCUUAAUUCAAGGCAUUUUUUUGGAAGAGUGCUUGCACCCCCCCGCCCAAGAAUGCCAGGAAUAACAGCCCCGUCUCUUUCUCUGUUUGAAAGCACAAAUACGCUGGAGCCAUGUCUACCCUUGAGCAAAUGCGGAAGAAGCCUGGAUCCGUCCAAGCUGCGGUGAAGAACAAGCCCCCUUCCGUCCUCAGCAUCGUGUAGCAGAGCCGGAACGCGCCGGGUCUUAUUUCUUACGGUGGAACUAAAGAAAUGGACCUCUGAGCGCGUCAAAAUAUGUUUUGUUUUUUUGGAAUAGGCAGAGAGUAUAACAGACGUCUAGGGAAUCUACAUUGUUAAUAACACUUGUACAUUUCACCAAAUGGUAUUCACAGAGGUUGGUAAUAAAUUAGUGAGAGAAAACUUAUAAA